GGUUAACGCUAUUGCUUCCACUCCAGGGGCUUUAACAAUCAGACCCUGACAAAACUUCACUCCAAUGAACAGCUCCUUCCUACAACCCCUCCCAGACCCCUGACUUCUAGCUGAGGAGGGGCAAUCCCUGCUGUGGGAAGACUUUUUCCAGGAAAGCCUCCAACAUAUGAAUGAAGAAGGCUGGGAUUGCCUGAACACUGAGGAAGAGGCACAGGAGCCUCGUACUUCUCUCUACCGACUGAUCCCAACCCUAUUAUACCAUUGGACACCACUUCUUCUAUCCAUUGGAGGCUUCCGGGUCAUAAAGAAAAGAUGGACUAUACUACCGAAAUGAUUCCAGAUGACAAUAUAAGCUUCUACGAGAUUUUUAAUUUCAAUGAAACUGAUGUCUCCAGAGAGCAGUCCCUAUCAUUCAUCCCUUACAUUUUUGUCUCUGUCUUUGGCCUAGUAGCGAAUACCUUGGUCCUUUACGUGAUUCUGCGUUUUCGAAAGAUGUGGACUCCAACCAACAUAUAUGUGUUCAGUCUGGCUCUAGGUGAUAUCUUCCACAUGUUAUGCCUUCUGCUCUUUGCCUCGGAAAUCGCCAGUACUUACUGGCCCGUGGGGCAAUUUAUGUGCAAGCUCUUCUGGACUUUAAUAGCAUUAACUCCGUUUACCAAUAUCUACUUCCUGGCCAUCAUGUCUAUUGACGUCUUCAUUCAGCAGUAUUUCCCAGAGUUUUGGAAAAACAGACUCGGACAGAUAGCGGCAGUGGUGAUCAGCAUCGUUCUAUGGAUUGUCUGCUUGUUGCUUGGGAUCCCUCUUUUUAUUUAUGCUGACCUGAUUGACAACUACAACUGUCAGAUUAAUUGGCCAGAGCCUCUUGCCUUCUGGAACUUGACCUUCAUAUCUUACAGGCUUGCCCUGGAUUUUGUGCUCCCUGUGUUGUUGAUCUGCAUCUUUCUUAUCCUAACGGGUGUAAAGUUCCGAAAUCACAAGGCAACCGAAUCAAGUUCUGGAGCCAUCAAAGAGAACAUCAUCCUGGUUUCAGUUCUGACGCUGGUCUAUUUUGUCUUCUGGGUUCCAACACAUGUCUUGGAAAUGAUGUCGGCCACUGGCGAUCUGGGAAUAAAUGAAGGGUCUUACUACAUUAUUAGCCUCAUACCUUACUUGAAAAGUUGUGUCUACCCCGUCCUUUAUGGAUUUCUAUCCCAACAUUUUAAAGAGACACUCACAGCUGUUUUGUGCUGCAAAAAUGUUCAGGACAGUAGCAGCCAGCCCAAUAAUUCAUCUGAAAAACAAGAAGAAAAAUCGUCUCCCUGUUAACUUUAUUUUUUUUCACUCAUUAUGACUUUGAAUAGCUACACCCUUACUCA